AUGGCGACCGAUGUGGCUUUUGAUACGAGCAUGGGCUCAUUCACGGUAGAGCUCUACAACACGCAUGCUCCCAAGACUUGUAAGAACUUUGCGACACUGGCGCAGAGAGGCUACUACAACGAUGUCAUCUUCCACCGCAUCAUCCCCAACUUCAUGGUCCAAACCGGCGACCCCACCGGCACUGGCAGGGGAGGCAGCUCCAUCUACGGCGAGAAGUUCGAGGACGAGAUCGACCCCAGUCUGAAGCAUACCGGUGCUGGCAUCUUGAGCAUGGCAAACAGCGGGCCCAACACCAACGGCAGCCAGUUCUUCAUUACUCUCGCCCCGACGCCCUGGCUGGAUGGGAAGCACACUAUCUUCGGUCGCGUCAAGAGUGGCAUGAGGAUCAUACAACGCAUGGGGCUUGUGAAGACCGGCGCGGAAGACCGGCCCAUGGACGAGGUCAAGAUCAUCCGUGCCAGGAUCGUGGAGGAGGGCGGGGACGAGUGAGGCGAGGCACCUGGAACCUCAAGGCAAGGGCAAGGGCAAGCACAAAGAGGCGCUACUUCUCGGCAUACCAGCAACACCAGUCCUCCGCGAGAUGAGGAGAGAUAGUUGGUUGGCAUUGGGUGGCUGGAUGGCCAGCAGACAUGGGUACGGAGGCCACGCCGCCAGGCUCCUCAAUGGCAUCGCAUAGCACGACCAGCCCUACGUUUCUUGAACGCAGCAAGGCCGGACUGAGAAAAGCUACGACAGUCUGAGAACCGUGUCCGCGAGGCAGAGGAAGAAGACUCCAGAUAGACCAAGCAGACUACAGACUACAGACUAGAUAGGUG